ACUCAAAACCUCCCUCUCCUUUUUUUUUUGGCUGUUUCACUGGGGCAGGGGAACAGAGGCAAGGAGACACAGAAGUGCAUCCUGUCACAGACUCCAGCCCACCCAGAGCUUUUCUAUAAGCAACAGGAUCAAGAGCUGCUCUCAGCGCGCACAGCCUGAGGAGGAGAGUGGAUGCUGAACAACAUGACGGACUGUGAAGAGGCAGAGGGGGGACCCAACAGUCAGGGUGAGUGAUGAAACCUACCACACAGCGGUGAGAGGUGUGUUCGUGUGGCGGCGCGGCAGCGUGGGCGCUAUCAGGAGUGAGUUAGGGAAAGUUUAAGAGAGUUAAUAAGAUUGUCAUUUCGAGGUUUAGAGGAUAAAGAGAUUUCCUGCGAAGAGCUGCAGACAGUGAUAAAGAAAGUGUGUCUUGGUUCUUUUGUUUGUCUGAUAAACAUCCAGUCUUCCAAUGCAUCUUCGUACGCGUAGAUGUGCAAAAUAACCCAAAAAACCUAAAAGUUGGGGAUGACUUUUACUUUGAAGGGGGUAAAUCAUGAGGAUCUUAACCCUACACCCCCACUUGUUGAGGUUUAUCAUCCCUCAAGGUGAAAAUGAAACCUGCUCCAUUGUAAACUCAGCUCUGAUGUUCUGCACCUCCUGGGGUUGCACAUGUCCACCUUCAUCCAGACUUUCCUCUUUUCUCCUGUUUCCCUCUAGUUUUCAAAGACAGCUGCUCUGCCACUGAUUGGAUAAAUUUGACAUACCAAUGUAGCAGAUGUGGCUCAGAUGUCACCCAGCGAAGGGUUCAUUUCAUGCGUGUGGAUUUAUGAGUUCACGUUAAAUUCUUUUUAGCAGUCUACAAUAAAAGGUUCCCGUUGAACUGAGUGCAGCUCCUGCUGAGAGUCUGGGACAAACCGGCUUUUCAUUUUCUUCCCUUUGAGAACAUCUAGCUCAGGGCAAUGUCUGUCUUUCAUAACGGUGCAUGUGUGUGUUUCUGUGUGUGUGUGUGUGUGUGUGUGUGUGUGUGUGUGUGUGUGUGUGUGUGUGUGUGUGUGUGUGUGAGUAAUCUGAAAUAGUGUCCAAAUAGUGGCACUUUUAUGAAUAUUUUAUUUGCCUAAGAUGCAAAACAUUAUUCGAUUUUCUGUUUCUUUUUAGUUCAAAUCACUCGGGUUGUAUUGAUCAUCAAUUAUUUUUUUAUUGGCAGUGACUGGAUUAUUUUCUUCACUAAAGGCAUCUCGACAAAAAGCAGGAGGAACUUUUAAUGAAAGAAUAUUUCAAGGGAUGAAUUGGUCCCAGUUGUGGUCUGUCGAGGUCAAUGACACUUGCAAAGCUCUUUGUUUAACUCUCGUGAAUGAAAAAGUCGUGUUGGGUCACAUUGGCAGCAGGUGAACUAUGUCAGUCAUUAAACAACAUCUGGUUACAGGAAGUAGUUGUGUAUCCUUCUCUCUGCUCAGCUCUCUGUGUGUAAAUUUAAUAGGAUAUGGACAAAAAGUACAAAUGUGAGGAGUUUUUCUUCUUCUUUUGAGUAUUAGCAGGUUUUUAACUCUUGGUUGGACAAUUAAAAGGAAGAAAGUUGUACUUCAUUGUGUCAAUGCAAAGUCUGUUUACACAAAAAAUCACAGCCAGUGACGCUAUCAAGGUCAAUUACCUCCCACCCAGACUAAUGCAUUUCCAAAUGACAGUGGUUUUAUAAAAUAAAAUAAGCUCCUAAGCCAUAUUCAGGGAACAGGGCAAAUCUACAAGCUUAUGUUUUAUUUGCUCUGGCAGGAAAGUCUGGUAGCCCUCAUGUUCAAACAGAUUUCAAGCUGACCUGGCCUGAGUAAGCUUGUGGUGACAAAUGAACUGUUAGUGCUGUUGGGUUAUUUUUGUAAACAAGCAAGAUGGCUACCGCUGGUUUGGACGGCUCUGCUGAAGCAGCUGUUGGGUCAGUAGUUUGCCUUUGGAAGCUGGUGAGGUGAUCAUAAGCUGGUGUCUGAAUCACUUUCAGGGGCUCUUUUUUUUGGUACAUUUAACCGCAAAUUAUUUGUGUUAAUGAUGUUAACAUCUGGCACACACAAAGUUCUUCCAAAACGGUCUGUGUAACAAUUAAAAUUACAGGUAUCAUUCGGUUUCAUAAACUCUGGAUUCUAGUUUUGCAUAUUUCCUCAGGAGGUGAAGUGUGUAAUGAGAGAGUGUGAGAAAAUCAGACAGUUUACACCUCAUGAUGUGAUCUCUUGAGGUGAGACAUCAUCAUCAAUUGCAUAUCAUAAACUGGGAUUUUUUAAGAGGUACAAAUGUGAUAUCUGAAUCUGCAGAAAAGAAACUCUUCCUACUUAAAUGGCUGAGCUAGUAUUCACCUGAAGAACCUACUUGUUUCUAACUACCACUUCUAAACUGGAUUGCAGAGACACUUUAAUCAGAGAUGGGAAGUUGUCUCCAUUUUCUUUAAUAUAGCUGUGACCUACAUUGCGGUACAUUCACGCCCUCUCAGCAGCAAUAUGAAUCAAAGGAUAAGCAUUUUGUGUUUGAUAGUAAGUUUGUUGCUAGUUUUUUUUACAAUUCAAAAUAAUAAUGGCCAGACUGUGCACCGCUUCCAUCCAUCUGCUUUUAAAAUGACAAAAUAAUGCUCCAGAAAACAUUGAACUACCUCGUGUAAUUGUGUAGUCAAAGAUUAUAUCUCAACAGUUUAACCAUGCCACAAAUCAAAAGCACAGUUUAAAAGUUGUGUAAUUGUACUUGAUCUUUUACGUAUAACGUAUCAUUAACUCAGCAAAUCAACCAAGUCCUGACAUGAUGAAAUAACUAGAUACUCUCUAGGUAAAAGCUACAAACAAAAGUUUCUUGGUGGAUCUCCGUGAAACUAAUCUUAUGAAUAGAUUUCCUUUUCUGAUGUCUCUUACUGGGGAUCUUUGCUGUUGGACACGUGGAAUAUGUUGGAUCAUCAAUUUGCAGUUUAAUACUUUGUCUGGAACCUACAAUCUGCCCGUGCUUCAAGACAUUUACAAUAUAACUAAAUAGAAAGAGGCACUCUUCUUGUCCAUGGCCUGGUUUGCUAUUGAGGUCAUAAGUAAACAUCAGUAUUAAAUUCUGUCUGUUUUAUAACCAGGAGCUUUGACAUCACAAUAUGAAUUAAACAUUUCAGUUCUUGAGUCAGACUCCCUGCUGGAUACGGCGACCUUUAACUUUCCAAAGGUCACAAUUUGAGUUACACAUUACAGCACAGGGAUGAGAAUGAGGCAGAUUGUGAUCCUAAUACAUUAUAAAUUUAACACAGAGAAUAUUUCCAGUGUGAUAUAAAGAGACACCUGGAAAAAGAUAAGCUGCUCACUUUAUUCUGGCCUGAUCGACAAAGCUGGCAAGGUGACAUAUUUAUGAGGAUCCCUGGAGGCGGCAGGUUGUCUGACAUAUAGGCAAUAAAAGUAGAUGGAUAGGUUUCGAUCAAUCAGGUCAACAGGGUGACUGUGAGGUUAAAAAAAACUCAGUCCUGGUGUAGUUUUGCCCUUCAGAAUAUUCAACGGAAACAAACUAUUUUCCCACUAAAUCUUGUAUAACUGUGUCUUGUUGAUGAAAUCUAACAAGAUUUCAGUAUAAUUACCUCCGCCAAGGUGGUUAUGUGUUCGGUAGCAUUGGUUUGUUUGUCUGUUAGCAACUUUACGGAGAAAGUUAGAGACGGAUUAACCUGAAAUUUUCACCAGAGGUGCAUCUGAGCCCCAGGAGGAUCCCAUUUAAUUUUGGUGGUGAUCCGGAUCGCCUUCUGGAUCCAGGAAUUUUUUGAAGGAUUCUUUAUCAUUGUGAGAUAGGGCAAAUUUUGGAAUUUUCGCACUUAACUCUAUAAAAAUGGCCAGAGUCUUUAGUAAAAAAUUACACAAAAGGAUCUCAAUGAGUUUUAUGAGGUGUCAAAGGUUGAUCCUGAUCCAGACAAAAUUCACACAAAAUAAGGGUGUUGUUGGAAUUUUCAGUGCUGAAAGAUAACCAAUGAAGAUUCAACGAAGUGUACGCUUACAAAUAUUGCAUAAUAAAUGAUGCAUUUAUGUAUCUAAUAUGAGCUUUGUUGUUUUAGGAACAUUAUGAACAGCGAACAUAUCAGUUUAAACACAAACAAAAGUUAAUAAAAGACGCGUAACAGUAAAAGUUUUGGUGUGAAUCACAAUAUAAGGGGGGACAUGAGCUGCUUGGUGGAGGUCUGCGCUCUCCGAGUGCUUUUCUAGUUUAACAUUUUUUUGUUAUAAGAUAGGCCCCCAGGCUUUGAUUCUUUAUCCCAAUACUUAAAUCACUCAGUUUGGACAUUAAAACUCAAAACCUAUGCAAAACAAUUUCAUCCUUGGUCACUACAGUAAUUUACUGUUUUUUUCCUCACAUUUUUGUUCUUUAAUGUGAUAUCUUGAUCACUUUGAACACUUCAAACCUUAGCUUUUUCAACACUAAAUUUCAGGGCAUUUUAAAUGCUGCUAGUAUCGCUGUUGUAAAGGUGUGGGCUGUACUCUCAAAGUUCAAAUUUCACUGAAGUUAUAAAUGCAUAAAUGGAGGAUGAUGGAGGAUUUAACAUUUAAGUAUAAAUUUAUCGCAAAGUAAGUUGCUCAUUUGUCCUCCAGUCAUUUCUAAAUCUAAUGGAGUAAAAUGUAGUUUAGAGAAAACUUACAGAAGACUAAACUACAACAGAGAUAGAAAACGUGUUUAUAAGAAACAUGAGCAAUCCAGUCUGACUCAAGACAUCUGCAGUUUAAAAAGGACCUAUAGAAAACUUUUCAUUUUAGUGUCCCUGUAAAAAGCUUUGACAUCUUUAAACAGUUUUUUGAGACAGAGAACAUUUUAAGUUCUUUUUCAGGUGUUCAGACCAAACUAAGCCACACAGAUGUCUUAGAAAAGGUUAAAACUGCAGCCUUCACUUAAACUUUGCAGCGGAGUAACAGUGGAGCUCACCCUCUGAUAUUCCUAUUGCAUGUGGAGCAGCUGGUGCAGCAGAUAAACAUAGGUCACGUCAAUGUCACAUUUUUGGCAGCGUUAAUAUGAAAGCAUGCUUUGGAGGGUCACAGGUGAAGAUUUUAUGAUAAUGCUGGAGCACAUAGAUGAAAAAAAAAAGCCUUAAUGCAGAAAACAGACGGAGAGAAAAACAUAUGCUGUGUUACCUACAAAUAUUUCAAUCAAAGAAGCCAAAUAAUAUAGAUAUAUCAUCUGAUUUAUACUGUAUCAACCAAAUAGUGAGUAUUCAGUGUUGAGCUAGUGAAUGUUUUGUUGGCAGACUGAUAGAUGACAGCAGGUUUGCAGACGCAGUGAACUCUCAGGGUCCUCUUUGUUUGCCAAUACAAGCUCUGGGGGCAGAUGGUCUAAAACUGCCUUCUUAAAGACAGCAGACUGGAAGAGAUUAAACCUGGCUGGAGAUGAAUCCGCACUGAUAACAGUGUAAACAACACUUUGAGACAUUUUGGCUGCUUCAGGGUUGUUUAAUCGGUGUUCAUUACAAUAGUUUAUCUUAAUAGAGUGACUGAUGUGAGAGUGUAGAGGUUAACAGCCUUGUCAGCAGGUCUGUGGAGUUCUACUUAGCCACAGAAGUGCUUCAUCUAUUAGUUUAGUGAUUGAUUUAAAAAUCUUAAAUGUAAUUUAAUGGCUCAGUGCUUGGGUGUUUUAUUGCUGGUUAAUUGCAUAUAUGGCUGAUAGAAGUUUAUGUCUGAUUGUUGUUCUCCAAGGCAAGGAUUCCUGUUUAUAACCAGUGGCCAGCAGAUUAAAAAGUCCACCUUAAACCUGCUUGGAAGUCAUGAUGUGUGUGGUUUUGUCCAGUGUAUAGCACUUCCUGUCAAUGAAGGUUUUCACAUGGAGAAGGGAAGCCGUAUUUGUGUUAUUUUAUGAUGAAGAUGAUCUCGCCAAGGCCUCAUUGAAGUCUGGAGCGCAGUGAGUGCACACCAGAGGGGGAGGCAAUCGUACUUUGGCAUGGUAAAGGGCAACUGGGUCUGAUGUGAGUGUGUAUUAAGAUUAGGGCCCGACCGAUGUGGAUUUUUUGGGGCUGAUGCCGAUUAUUAGGGGGGGGGGGGGUCCGAUUACCGAUUAAUCGGCCGAUUUUUAAAUUCUUUUAUAAAGUUAUAAAAAUCGUAUAAUAAUAAUAUAAAUAUAUACUAUAUACUGUACUAUAUAUACUGCAGUUGCUUCAGUCAGAGAAGUAGCUCAAUCACUUAAUGUGUACUGUUGUUUAUUCUACCGUUACUGGCACGGCUAACGGUGUAGCAAGGCUAACAGCAGGUAAAGACAGGCAUUAAAACAGUUUCUAGGGGGUGCCUUGAAACUGCGAGUAUGUGAUGAGCUGGGACUGACAUUGGUAUACUAUCGCAUCGCUCAUGCUGUCGACAUCAAUAACUUCAGACUAUACAGUUGGCGUUUUUCUCUCCAAAAAGCAAAAAAAAAAUCAGGGCAUGAGUAUUUCAGUAUCAGGCUCUUUCUAAGGACUAAGACAGGCUAACUGUUUUACCAUCUUUGCUCUUACCUGAUCUAAAUAUAUCCGUGCUGUAGAUUCAUGUUUCGCAUCAGAAUAGUAUUGAGUGCUCAUUUAGCAGUAUACAUUAUUAUUUCCCAAAAUGGCAAACUCUCCCUUCAUUAGUCUGAUACAACCAAACCCCCUGUCCUCUAGCCCAACCACAGCCCACUGCAUGGACUUAAUCUGCCUGCCAGAUGUUGGUGGCUCAGUAGUGGUGUUCGAAUCUGAACCAAUUUGUCUGAUUGCCCAUACGUUAAUGCAGAGGGCGCGCUGUUGUAAUUUCACUGAGAGAAGGGUCACCUGACACAUUAGCAUAGGUGGAUGAUUGACGCACACAGGAAACCUGUUACUCCUCCUCAUACAGAUGACGGGUCUUAGUCUUUGUCAUUGUCAAAGCUGUGGGCUAAAUGAGGACAAAAGAGUCACCUGUCAUUACAUUAUCACUGUGUAGGUUACAGUGGCAGCUUCACUGAAUUAUUGUAAACUAGAAAAUCCAUUUAAAGUUGAAUACUAAAAAUCUUUGCAUCUCUGUAGUUUUGCUGAUCAGAGUCCACAAAUAGGUCUAACAUUUCCCAAUUUGGAAGAUGCUGAGAUUUCUUCACACAAUCAUAUAAAUUGUCCCCUUUCAUUUUCUUUGAGUGUGUACUUGGUCCUCUUAUUUUUCAAGGUCAGUCCCCUACAUCACACUUCCUGUCAUAUCUUAUUAUUAGAUGAGCCCUUGCGCAUCAGAGUAAUACUUUCGAUAACUUAAUGAAGUUGAGGCACCAUCACAGCACAGAAGAUAUUGCAUGCUCCAACAUGAUUAUAUUUAACCUAACAGAGGGCGCUUCGUUUACUUUUACUUUGGCACUUUUAUUUAAUUAUAUUGUUCAAAAUUUUCCCACCAAGCUGAGUAAUAAAUGGACAAUAAUGAUGAGCUAUCUUUAAAAAAUAGAUAUUCACUGGUAGUAUUUAACAUUGAGUGAUACUCUUUGUUGUAUUAUUUGGAUUAAAAUGCCCAAAACAGAGGACACUUUCAACUUCAUUUGUUAUUUUUGGCAAUAAGGAGAAGUCCAGUUAGCUUCACUGACAUAAUACAGACUGAAAUAUUUGGCUCUUGAGUUUUAAGCCCUUUUCACACAUGCACACAAUUCCUGAAAAUGUACCUCUAGUAUAUUGGCGACAUGUAUGAGUGCAAAUGAAUGAAUUUUUUGCUCUAAAAUUUCCAUCUGAGUGAGCUUGAUGUGUGAAAGCAGCAGGUAAAAGUAGAGAGAAUUUGAUGAUUAUGUAGAGCAAAGAGUCUCUGCUUUCUGCUCAAUACUUUUGUCGACCAGUGAGCUGAGCUGGUAGUGUGCAGCGGGGUGUGUGGUAGGAGAGUCACUCUAACUACAUUAAGAGUAAGAAAUAUGUGUAAAGGGAGCAAUGAAGUUCAGCAGAACUAAGAAAAAGGGAGGGGAAAUGGAAAAUUUAUUUGGUUUGAUAACAAAAUUGACUCAUUUUAUAUUAAUCAUAUUUAUCUGAGCUAUUGCAAAAUUCUGUGCUUCCUCAGGCAUCUAUCAUGGCUACUGAGUUGGAGUUGUAUCUAUGUUUUUGGGCCCCCACUUAUCUAACAUUUUGAACUAUAUCUGAAAUCCAAUUUAAUUAUCUCUCUAUAGAUUCACACCCAUAUUUCAAGUUUCUUUUUCUGUUAUUAUUGUUUUCUUUGUUUCUAUGAACAGUUAGACUGCACUCACAAUCCUGCAACAGCUUUACCUUUAAAACUAUUGGAAGAAAACACACAGACAAAAAAAAGGGUUACAAACACAUGCACCAAAUAUUUCACAGCACUCCUGACUGAGGCUUUAAUGGCUCUUCUUAGAUCAUGACUACACCAGACUUGAAAAUCCAGCAACAGGGUGACUGAAUUGGAGGAAGACUAGAGGAAAUAGUGAUAUAACCUCCCCUAAUCCCUUCACUGAGCUACAACUUCUCUCCACCCAGUUGUCUUAGAUUGGUGAUUAUUGACCACGGCGUGGUCUAAUCCUUUCAUCGCGGUCACCGCAGCUCAUAGAGAGAAACAGAAAGCACAAAUCUCUUCUGAGCAAAAGCACUUGAUAGUUUUACUAAAUCAUCUGUUACUGUUGUUUAAGUCAUGUGGUAAACUGUGUCAACACAUGAUUUGAGUCAGUGUUUAAAGAUAAAGUUGGGGAUUUCCUGUUUUUAUUUGAUUCAUUUUUUUUUAAGACAUGAACUGAUCGUUUUAAAAUUAUUGUAUGUGCAAGCUGAUAAAUCUCACAUAGACGCUUUUAUAGACCUAGAUUUAGUUUUCCUCUGCAGCCCUUGUUGCCCCCAUGGUUUUCAAUAAUAGACAAACGGUCUGAACUCCACAAGAAACCAGGAGGUUUUCCUUCGCCUCUUGUGUGAACCAGGUAUCAGGCACUAUAGUCAUCUAUUUCCUAUUUAAAAAAUGAAAACAAAACAUAGAUCAGUAUCAAGUGGUAGUAAUGUGGAAUUUGAAUGUCACACUCCCAAAGUGGAUUAUCUGUAAGGCACAUGUUCACCAUUUGCAUGUCCACUGAUGACAAACUGCACGCGGGACGACAGAUGAUCUUUUUCUUUUUUUAUGGCAUGAUAACAUCACCCCUGUUGACCAUCAUACUCUUCUGCUAUCAGGAUGAACAGUCUGAUGCUUCACCCUGGGGAAAUCAUUAAGAUAAACUGAGGCUAGUGGUUACAAAACCUUUGCUGGUUCAGCUUCUGCAAUAUUUAGUAUUUUUGUCCUCAACAAAUUUUCUCACCAAAUUUGUUUAAAAAAGUUGAGCUUCAGAAUUUUUAAUCAAGGUAAGAGGUGAGAAAUAGGGUUGAUUUUUUUGCUUUUUCCACAUUUUUACCAAUUUCAUCUGCUUUCAUUGAGAGAGAAUGGCUAAAAGUUGCUAUUUGACGUGUAAAGAGUCUGAUUUCCCCCUCCAAAGCGAAAUUUACACCCAGGCAUUUUAUUGGAAGCCAAAGAGAACAUUUUCUUCUUGAUGUUUUCACUUUUAAGAUACUUUUCACACACACACAAACACACACACACACACAAAAUUUUGGUUUUGGUUGUGGUUUUUCUUCACCAAUGGCUAAGGGAAAAAAAUAUUUUGAAUGGUAUGAGUUAAUUAACCACAUUGCCACAUCGACUGGUUGUUUCUAAGGUUUAGUGUGGUGAGUCUAUGUAAAACUCUUUUAUCUAAAAUAGUUCCUUUUAACAAGAAAUAAAACACUUCCUCAAAAAGUGACCAAGUGGUUGGCACUGGUUUUAGUUUCCUGAACUUGGACAUUUUGGAGACAAAAAUAUGGCAUUUAGAUUUGCAAACUCUCAAGUUUUGAUUGUUUUUUGUUGUUUUGGAUUUUUGAUUAAACUGCAUUUGGCAUAUUUUGAAAUUUAGUGGUGAAAAAAUUCCAUAUGCGGAUUGCAAAUGGCCCACAAACAAAUGCUAGAAAAUAUACAACAUUUAUCCUACCUUUGUCAAAUAUAAAUGUAAAAUCCAUUAUAAUUGUCAGGCUUGGAUCUUAACCAGGAUUGGUUUGACCUUUAUAAAGAGUUUCCAAUCAUCAGUAUUAUUAGUCGAUGUAAAUAGCGUUCAGUCGUCUCCACAGCAGAUGUAAACACCAACGACAUGUCACAUUGAUUUAAUGAAAGGCUUUUUAUAUCUCUGAUAUAAUCAAGUUAGGCUUGUGCAGAUGUUGAAUUUGCAUUUCCAAAUCAACAAGACUAAUUAGGUUAACAACUAGCUGUGCCUCCAGGAAGUCAAUAUUCUGGUUUAUAUAAACCCAAAUAAACUGCAAUGUGUGGCCUCAGCAGUCUGGCAGGCAUUUUAACCAAAACUAAAUAAGAACUUACUGGCAUUGUUUUAUAUUUGGCAUACAGAUAUCUUAGAUAACUCCACAAAGUUAUUCAAAUACCGCAGAUGAUGAACUUGUCUUAAACACUAUUGAAUUGUUAAACAUGACAUUUGGCAUAUUUCCCUAUAAAUGUGCUUAUUGUUGUUGAUAAUAUGGUAGAAAUCUCCUCUGUUGUAAGCAGUUGUAAUAAUUUGAAAAAACCUUGAGAUGUUUGACCUAAAGUCGGGAUGCAAUGUGUACAACCGAGUGAACUUAAUGCACAUAACUGGUCCCAUAUAGGCUAUUUCCACUAUAAUAGGGAGUAAAGCACUUGGCAUGUGUAAGUGUCUUUGUCUUAAUUAGAUUUCAUCCUCUCAUUAAUCCAACUCUUGCCUGACUAAUAAUCAUGUGAACCAACACCAGAGCAGGGUGGUCUCAUUAGCUGAUGAGUUACUCAGCGUGUCAUUUCAUACCAGUAAAAUAAUGUUAUUUUCUUUGGGGAAAGUCAUGGCUCGUUUGCUCUGAGAAGCAUAUUUAUUUGAUUUCACAAGCAAAAAUGUUUUCUCUGUUCUUCACAUCUGGAUAUCUGAAAUCUGGUUUCACUUUUCAGUAGUUUUUCACCUCCCUUUUCCUUUUUUUUUCCUGCAUCUUAAUGGGAUCUGUAAGCAAGGUGUUGGACAGUCUCGGCUUUACAGGCUUGUGUUCAUAUUGGAUGUGUAAAGCAAUGCGAGCAAUGAAUAUAUAUAAAGCCAUCGUGUACACAUCAGGAAUCUAUGAAUAUGUAAUAUAUGAGGCAGCAGAUGCAAAAUUCUCCUGAGAGUUCGUGGUUUGUAUAGUUUCCACAUGUAGCAGCUUGUAGUUUGUUUGUGUGUUUUCGCCAAAUUUCUGUUCAAUAUGCUUGAAACGGGGCACUAAUCAUAAACAAACAUUUUCAUGGGCAUAAUUUACCUUAUUAUCACAUUACACAAAGAAAUAGCAUUUGUCUGGGAGAAGAAUAAGACAUAUGGAAAUCUGUGAAACCCAUAAUGGAAAGAUAAUAUGUUACACACUGCAUGCGUGCAGAUAUCCCGAAUUCAAGAUGCCCUCAAAGGCGAGAAAACGAAACAGAUCACAUCGCCGUUUCCCAUUUCAGAGGGAAAUAAAGCAACAUGGUGUUGAAUCAUUUAUCAUGCUGACACCUCAGUGAAGUAGCUGGUGCCAUCUUAAUUAUUUUCACCCAUACCCCUGAAAAAGGUCUGGACCAAAUAAACCAACCAUAAUCACUACAGCUGUUGAGCUUUACUGGGUGAUAGAAAUGAAUCAACUAAGCUAAAGUGCAUUUAAGUCGCCUCCUCAGGCUCAGUGAAGAACCUCCAGAUCAUUUCUAAUCGCAGAAUGACUCCUACAGGAUGAUCGGGAGAGGUGAAAGCAGUGUUUAUUUUGUUUUGAGCUGGACAGCAUCAUCUGUGUAGCAGGCAGAGCAUUCCUCCUGAUUAAAAACAGCGAGUCAAGAUAAUAAACAGCCCUCACACAUCUCAGCUGAGUACGUGUCAGCCUGCGUAGCUGCGGUCUGUGACCCCAUCAAUUCUCUUUGAGUCGCUGUGAUGAAUCAGUCGAUAUUAUCAGAUAAGAAUGUAAUUUUGUUUGGUGAUGAUAAAGUUUACAGCUAUUAUGCAACUUCCUAACAUAACAGUUUCCCUCAAGUCUCUAUUGAUAGCAUCAUAGUUUUGUCUUUGAGUGUGUGUGUGUGUGUGGGUGUGUGUGAGUAGUUUCACCUGCUUUGACCUCUGUUUUAUCGACGAAGAGAAGGACGAGUCUUGAGAUUAAGGAUGUAGCGCCGCUCCAGGUCACAGGAGAUGGGAGAUUUCCUAUGGAUUGAGAUAUUUUGAUGGUCAUAUUUUUGAAAAAAAUAAGUGCACUUUCAUCACCUUGUCAGAACUACUUUUUGUCCAACUCUUUGAAUAAAAACGCCACAUAUCCACUCCAGGCUGACAUGUUAAUAAGUCCCAGCUGAAAUUGCUGGAAAGUUCUGGUUGACUGACAAGCUGAACUAAAAUGAUAGGAAUGCUGGGCAGUACACCUGAUCAGGAAUUUGUUGGAAAUGAACUUAAUUUUUGAACAAGACAUCAAACUUGAAUACAGAUGUUAAUAGAUGGCUAAAAACAACAAAAUUACAGUGAAAGGGAAGCUGUGAAUUAAUUAGGUUUGCUCCCAUGCUUAAGAAACUUCGCAUGACUUUAAAAUUGACACAAAAAAAGAGAAAGGGCAAAUAUCAGCAUCAGCUUUCACCGAUUAGUGGUAAGCUGUAACUCAAACUAGGCCACAGCUGAAGAAUAACACCACUGGUUUUCCAGAUAUUUGAUCAGUUACUGUAUAUAUUUAUAUCUCUAACAUUUCCCUUAUUUAAGGACACAACACAUAACUCAACUUUAAUGUAGAAAAUACUUAACAAUUUUGAUCUAAUAUUCUGUCCUAAGUCUUUAAUCAAAUCAGGAGUUUUAUUCUGAAAUUCAAUUAAGUUCUGGCCAAAAAUGAAAGCACCAUAUCUCGGUGUUGUUCUUGUGGACAAGAACACUCAGAACCAGAAAAAGUUUCUUCAGCACAGACACAGAGAUAGAGAGAAGGUUAAAUUACACAAAUGAAUUGGCUGGUAAGCUGGAAAUGAAUGAGGUACGUGUGCGGUUGAUGUAAUUGUGAGGUUGCUGCGCAGCUGAUUGGUGCACUUCUCUCACAUGCUGAAGUUAAUUUCUGCCCUCCCCUGUGGCCUCCAGCUGUUAGAUAAUCCCCUUGAGCCUGUGUCCUAUUAAGCUUUUAAAAGCCGGUAUAAACUGUCCAUUUUGUAAUAGCCAUGUCACAUCAAGGGUACAAGUCUGCACCCCCCACUGCCUUUCAUCUGCAGGCUGUGGUCAAGUCAUUAUGAGCAUUUUGUAUUUUUAGUAAAUCUGCAGAUUCAGAGCCAAUCACAUAUCAUCCAUUGGUCAUGAAUUCCUGUCCUGAAGGGUGAAACAGCAGACUGAAGGCUUAUCCAUCUUUUUUAAAGCACUGAAUGUCAGAGGAUAGUUAUUUUGGGGAUAUAAUUAUGGUAUUCAGAUUCAUUUAUAAACUCUAUAGACCUCAUGAGUAUGUGUUUUGCAUUUUAUCAGAGCAUCAAUCAAUACAGCCAAAUACCAUCGUUUGUAUUUCUUUAAGUCUCCCACCUUGGAAACCCUGGUGUUUCAUCUGGUUUUGACCAUCUGAAAAAAACACCUUUAGUUUGGCCAGAUGGUCAGACAGUUCGUUCGUUGCCUCUGGCCCCUAUCAUGUGCAGGCCAAGCCAAUGUUCUUUUCUACCAGUCUUUUCUGUGUCUAGUGCCCACAUUGUGUGAGUAGUGAGUGAACUUUGUGUUGGUCUUGAAAAAAAGUGUGGUCAGACACAAAGGUGUCACAGUGCUGUCGUGGUAAGGCAGGAAGCGUCUGUGCCUAACAAAAACCUAGACUAACAAAAAGUCUUCAUUAUGAAGUCGGUACUUUUCUGCUGCUAUCCGUUUUGAGGAGUACUUGUGUGAUUGUAAGAUGGAAGUAAGAGUUCACAACACGCACUCCUUUGUUUUUCCACACACUCACAUUGACAUUAAGCAGGGCUAUAACUAGGUGAUUUGGAAAAAAAAUGAUCACAAUAUAUUUUGUUGUAUCAUCCAAUCUUGAUUAUUGUCACGAUUUUUAGCAUCUGUACUAAAAACUAAAGAAACUAGAGAUCAGUUCAACAUUUUAUUAACAUACAAAGUAAAUAACAAAGCAAAUUGAAUAAGAUGAAUGAAUGAAUUGAAUAAAAUGUGAACAUUGGAUGAUGUAAACUUGGAUGAUACGAUUGAUUGCUGCUUUGGAUGCACCGCGAGUUGUAGCUAAACUGCUAAAGCUACUCGUGCCAUCAGCAGUGACUCUCACAUAUUCUUCCUCUUCAAAUGAUUUAACAGAUUUGGUGUGUUGCCUGUUUUUGAGGGCACUGACCGCCGACAUACCUUGCACAUCAGCUUUAUUACUCUGCGUUACUUUGGAGAUACCCGAACCACUGCCACACAACCGACGGUGAAUAACCUCACAACAACAACAUUUUCAGGGGAUGACUCAAAGUCACGACUGACAUCUAUUUUGCUGCCCGAAGCUCCGUGUUUAGCUCCACGGAAAAGCUUGACUCUGAUUGGCUGUUGUGACGCACAUAUCCACUAUGUUUGAUUGAGUAAAUAUGCUCACAGCUGAUCACCGUGAUUGAACUGAAAUUUAUCACGAUCAUAUUAUCGCCCAGUCCGAGCUACAACUCUUGAUUAAUAUCCGUAUUUUACUAAGACAGAAGAUUUGGAGAUGCAACAAUUCCCCUUUAUUUCCUCACACCAUGAUGCUGCUCACACCUGUCUUCACCUUGACCUCAUGCUGAGGACAUACGGCCUACGACGCCCCCUAGUUCUGCAUCACCUCAGUCUUGCUUCCUGGAAUUCAUGUUGGAAAAGAUGCAGACUCACGCAGGCACAACUAAGUGGUAAACAUACUCCUUGAUUUAUUCCCCUAACAUAAGUCUCAGUGCCACUGGCCAUGAUAUGCUACAGUAAAAUCUCACCAGUGAUACCAUAAAGGUAAUUUGACAUAGAUUAAGUGUGAUUUUUGUUAUUUGUGAGCCCGUCACACAUGGCAUGGUGGCCCCUGGAGAUUUUUCAAGAUGCUAUUUGUCAAACCCCCCAGUAGAUGAAUGGAUUAUGUUGGGCUCUACUUUAUUUUCUAUGUCCUUAGUUCAGAUUUCACAGGGUAUGACUCCUCUAAAGGUUUUUGCUUCACUCAUACUUCUGUUUGACACUGCUGUUUUUAUUAUUUACUACAACAUCAAAACAUGAUAAGCAAAGUGGUUUGAACUGUCUGCUGUAAAGCUCUGUGUUCGCUGUGAACCUUGAAACUGUGUGUAUUUGUAUCUGACUCGUUUAUUUCCUCCCCUCUUGUGUUAGUUUUUUCAGAUGGCUCAUCCAUGUGUUUGUUUCUGCUUUGCUCGAUACAUUCAGUAGAAGAUUUGAUCGGCACAUCAGCAUUAUAUGUGACAAUUAACAGUAAACAAAAGUCAGCUGCUGAGCUGUUAAUGUAAAAGUAGUAGAAGCUACACCACUGGAAUACAAUUAACACCAGAUUAUGCAGUUGAAAAUUGAUUUUCUCUGACAUGUACCCACCUAAAUCACAGACAAAAUCUCAGUGUUCAGCCCAUUCUCCACAAUUUGCAUGUUGAGCCUCUACCAGGAGGGUGAAUACAUGUAGGGAGCUGGAUAGGGAAAAAUUACAGGCUUUUUCAUCACCUCUUACUAACAUGUUUGUUGAUUGUUUUGGUGACAGCCAACAGUAAGUAGUGAAGGAAAAUACACCUUGUCAAUCAACGAAACUAUUCAUGCUGCACUCACUAGCAAUUUCCAUGCAAUCCAGACUGCAAGUCCCAUUAUUGGUCGACUAGUUAGCAUCCUAAUUUCAUGCAUUAACAACUUUUUUCUGUCUAGCCUCUGACUCUGAUUCAGCAGCACCUCAGCUGACAAUUUCACUACAAUGUGAUCAACUGCUGUUACAUGAGUGUAAUUCAUAAACUGUAGUAAAAAAAAAUGUCAAAUUCAAUGUGUGCUGUCCUGCUAAAAAUACCUGUCAAUGCCGAGGGGAACCUGAGGUGGUGGGACAGUAAGAUAAAGCACUGGCCUCUGACUUCAUAUGCAGGAAAAAAAAAACCUGUUGACUCUUGAUUCAAGCACAAGCACAGGGACAAAGUAUUAUAAAGAGGUCAUCCUGGGGCAAUAAUUCACUGUGGACAUGAUGAAUGUUUCGGUCAGAUGAGUUGGCUCGUCCUGAUCUGAUCACGGACAAAGACCACAAUGUACGUUCCUGCUUUACAAGUUCCCAUCGGCCCCACAGUCACCUGUCAUCUCAAAUCCACGAAAAACAGAGUUUUCCCUGGUGGUCAGAUGAGCCUCUACAAAUGCUGAGCCUUAUUUCUAUGACUAUACUGUUCUGUAUUUAAAAUCGAACACAAUAUCAUCACUGUGAUGGUGAUGUUUGACAAUUUACAUGAUAUUCUUGGCUUUUAUAAACAACAAUGAAUCUUAAAUGCUUCAGUCUUCCUGCUUAGGUCUCUUAUUACCUUCUUUUUUUUAAUCUGGGUGCUAAAACUGGUAAUAUAUUUGAGCAGAGGAGCUUUUUGUUCGGUUUGUAGCCCUUAUUAUUAAAGCUCAGACAUGAUGUUCUUACAAAUCUCUCUAUAAAUAAAGAGCUUUGUCGACUCCUGGCUGGACCACAUUUGGAACCAGAUUUCUGAAAUGUCAAAUAACAGAGAGACUCUCAGUCUGUAAUGGCUCUGCAAAACUUGAGGACAACAUGAAUAAUGACUUCAUUACGUCCAAGCAACCCGCUCAUCCAUUAUCUGUUUUUAACGAUAAAUCAACCCAUAAGUUUGUGUUUAAACCCCAGAUGUUCAAGGGUUCAGCAGAUCAAAAGGGCUGAAGGAUAAUCGGGUGAUUUCUAAGGCUGAAGAAUGAGAGAAUACUUGACCUUUUGGCGGGUCUACAAAGUGCCGCUUAAUGACCUUAAAUGCUGCACCCAUGCCGUUGUGUUACUGGCAGUUAAAAGCAGACCUCUGAGGAAAGAGACUUUGAGUUAUGUACAUUUUUCCCACUGUGAGCAGGAAGGAUUUAGACAGAAGAAAGGGCAAAGAGUGAGUUUGAUUGGAUGGGCAUGUUUCCAGGAAGUGUCAUGUCUGUUUAUGAAAAGGAGAAAAAGCUGUUUAAUCUGACUUUGUCCUCGAUGCAGCUGAUUAUAUUGUUAUUUUUCAGACACAUGGCUAAAAACAGAACAACUUUUUCUCAAAAUCAUACUUUGUGUUUUUGUGUUCCCCUAUCAUUUCUCUUAAUGACCCUUAAAUCUAACAUCUCUGUUACGGACAGCAUGUGUUCUAGCAAUUUCUGAUUCCCUCGACAACAACAGAGCAUCAAGUAAACAACUUUCACUGCACAGAAUAGAGCAGGCAAACACAAACACAGGCCUUUGUAUCCUCAGACACACACGCUCUCUCUCUCUCUCUCCCUCUCACGCACACACACACAAACACAAACACAAAGACAUUUAGAAAAACUGGUUAAAUCGCAAUUUUUUAAAAGCUGAUUUCAUUCUAAGCCGAGAGCUGAAAUGAGCUUUAAAUGCAGAUUUAAAAAUCAUGCUGGAUUACAGAAUACUCAGGUGGUUGGCUUCAGCAUCAUCUGAACUAUAACCGCGAGGAGUGAUAGGAAAAAAAAAAAAAACAGCUGAGAGUUAAAAUGUCACCUAAUGCGGUUCAAUAAUCCUCAUCUGAACAGGUAAGGGUUUAACAUGACUGUCUGCUGCACAACCUGAGAAAAAUAAAACUUUUAAAACUUACAUUAACAAGAAAAUGUAGGGAAGUGAUGAAUAUUUUCAGGCAUUGAUACAAGUAAAAGUCUCUCAUCCUUAAAGUUGCCUUACAUUAAAAGCUUUCUAAUACAAUUAAAAGGGGAAAGGCUUCUUUAGCAGAGGAGUCAGUCGUUCAGAGGAUUAAUGUGCUGCGUGAGAGCAGUUGAGCUGCUAUUUGACUCUCCUUUUCGCUCUAAAGAUUAUUGUAUAAUACUGCUGCAGCCAAGGGACCUCAAGGAAAAAAAUGCUUGAUUAUGUUGCUCCAACUGAUCAGGUGAUACACAUCAUCCUUAGUGUUACUCUUUUUUCCAAUACUUCAAUCUAUUCCUUAAGCGCUGCGCUAUUCACAGUAAUUUUCUGUUUUUCAUGGAUGGAAAGAUGCGCAUUAAAGUUUUUCAAGAAUGGGAUGUUUUCAGUGGCAGGGUACUUUUUACUGUUGAACUUCAAUUACAACCAGUGACAGCGAUGGCAGGGCAUUUUAAAAGAAAAAGGCACAUACAAGAGAGAAACAACAAGAAAAAGAGAGAAGUCUGCUGCAUAACCUGAGAGAAAUAAAACUUUUAAACUUGACCUUUACUGGUCCUACCCAAGGUUUCUACCUGUUAAAAGGAAGUUUUGCCUUGCCACUGUUACUCAUGUUAGAUAAGAUGGGCCAAAUCCCAUCUUAUGUUGGGUCUUGAUGAUUCGUCAAACAAUGAGCGUGGUCUAGACCUGCUCUUUUUCUUUGGAAAGCGUCUUGGGAUUAUGACUUUUAUGAAUUGGCGCUAUAUAAAUACAAUUUGAUUGAUGGAUUGAUUGAUUUGAGAAAGCGACAGAGCAAAACAAGCUGGUGGAGAAAAAGAAAGUGUCCAUAUAGUAACUUUGUGAAUAUCACUUUUACUGCCAUUAGUUUUAUUAUGCAUAGCUGACAAGUUUGGGUUUGGAAAAUAACAACCUAAUCCUCCCCACAUACCAAAGAAACACUACCAGCCAAGAAAUACCACGACACAAUUAACUUAACCGAGCAAAAAGCGAGGAAAUGUACUACGAGAACGAGCUCCUAAUUGGCUGCCGGAGCAGCCGGAGCAGCCAAUCGGGAGCAUGCGAUGGCACACCUAAUUUACAUACAAGAUAGGCAACACACAUAGCAGGAAAAAGCUACCAGUCAAGAAAUACCACGACACAAAAAACUCACCCGAGCUAUAAGCGAGGAAAAGUACUUGGCUUCCGGACCAGUCAGUCGGGAGCAUGAGAUGGCACACCUAAUCUAGGACACACACACACACUAAGACAACACUGCAAGCGAAGAAAUACCACGACAUAAGAAACUUAACCGUAGAAACAGCAAGGAAAAGGUACUACGAGAACGAGCCCCCAAUUGGCUGCCGGAGCAACCAAUUUGCCGAAGCAGCCAAUCAGAAGCAUGCGAUGGCACAUCCUAAUUUGCAUACAAGAUAGGCGACACACAUACCACACAUAUACCAGAUAUAGCCAGGCCAGAGAAAAACACUGAAAUACAACAUACAAUACUGAAAUAUUAGGACUCCGUAUCAAUGAUUAAAAAAAUUUAGCUUUUGUAUAUUUGUUAUAUAUUUGUUAAUUGUCUCCCUAGAAGGGCUGGUCAAGCUCAUCUAUGGAAAACUCCAUGUUAGUUUAAGGCUACUGUCAUAUUGUUGUAUCUAAAGUGAAAUGAUGUCUGUUUCCAUUAAUAUAUCUGCUGCUUUAAGCCUAUGGCUAUUGUACCGUUACAUUUAAUGUAGAUUUUAAAUGUUUAUCUACAUUUAAGUCAAAGAUAUAGGAAUGAAUUUGAGUGUGUGCAUGGGUGUGUGUAAAUGUCCUACAGGUAUACUUCACUAUAGAUUCACUAUAUAUUGAUAUAUAUUAUUUGUGUAUUAUUGGUAAUGUUUGUUAAUGAAAACAGGCAAAGUUUCCCCAUAUAUUUGUAUUUCAUUGGCAGAUUUGGGUUGGGGAUAUUGAUUUCUAGUUCACUUGGGUUGUCUUCUUAGUGAUACUCCCGGCUGUGAUGAGAGUUAGAAGCAGGUUAAUGGAGUUGUAGUGUCCAUAUGUGCCCUACAGUGCAAAGGUGGUGGGAUAAAAGGAUGCAGUGAACCAGAAGUCAGUACUGGUGCAGAUGUUGUUCCCAUUAGGAAACAGGAACUGAGGUUUUGGAGCUCUAAGUGUUCUUUGAAUAUUUGAGUGUAUCUGAUCAGAGCCAGUUGUAUAUUUCCUCAUAUCAACAGUUUGGGACUUUUUUUUUUAGCUGUGAGAGAUGAGGAUUAAGCCUUUAAUCUGCUUGUCGGUGUUUUCUGUGUUUCAGGUGAUGGAAACCCCAAAGAGAGCAGUCCUUUCAUCAACAGCAGUGCAGCCAGUGACACAGAGAAAAGCCAACAGUAUGACGGCAAGAACAUGGCUCUGUUUGAGGUCAGGACGGUCUCUGACUCUUUUAUAUAACAAACUGAGAAUUAAAACAGCAUCUUAACGCUGUUAAACACAUUUAAGUUCAAAAUAUCUGAGUUUAUGGCCUCAGCUUCCAGUAGGUCUCCAGAUCUGACAUAAUUCGGCCUGUUCUGUUUCUGUUUCCUACAGGAGGAGAUGGAUACCAGUCCAAUGGUGUCCUCCUUGCUCAGCAGUCUGGCAAACUACUCCAACCUGCCGACCGGCAGCAAAGAGCAUGAGGAGGCUGAGAAUAAUGAGGAGGGGGCGCGUCCAUCAAAAAAACCUGUGAAGGUAGAGAGCUGCAGACGCUUACUCAAAGACUCACAGAACAAACGUUAAAUAUGCUAUUUGUUCCUCAAACAUCUUAAUGGUCCUUAUUUGUGGUUUUUCAGGCCCCACAGCUCGGCACUUUGAUGGGCGUCUACUUGCCGUGUAUUCAGAACAUUUUUGGGGUGAUCCUCUUCCUACGGAUGACGUGGAUGGUCGGGAUCGGAGGUGUCUUUGGCUCCUUCAUCAUCGUUUUCAUGUGUUGCUCCACGGUGAGUGAAACUGCAGAUGUUGUUGCUGUCGUGUAUCUGCUGUGCAACAAUGCGGUCGACUCAGAAAAACAGAUGUUACACUGAAAUGCUCCUGUCAAAGUCGACACAAAAGCUGUUGAAAUCUAUCCCUAAACUUACUUUAAUCUAAAGCGGUAACAAGGCAGAUGUAGUUACUUUCUCUCUCCUCGUCCCCCUCUGUUCAUCAAGACCUCGUAUCAUUUGACACGACAACCCUCCUCUGUUUCAGACCAUGCUCACAGCCAUCUCCAUGAGCGCCAUCGCAACAAACGGAGUCGUACCAGGUGAGUAGUAGAAAUUUGUGUGAAAUUCAGAAAUGUUUUUGUAUGUCAAAAAAACAGUUCUCUAACUGUGUGUGUGUGUGUGUGUGUGUGUGUGUUUGUGAUUUGCAGCUGGAGGUUCAUACUACAUGAUCUCUCGGUCCCUGGGGCCGGAGUUUGGUGGAGCUGUUGGGAUCUGCUUCUACUUGGGCACCACUUUUGCAGGUGCCAUGUACAUACUUGGCUGUAUUGAAAUUCUGCUCGUAAGUGGCCUUUAAGAUCAAAUUACUCAACCUCUGAUUGCUUAAAGUCUUGUCUUUUUUUUCCCCAUAAUAUUCUGUAUAUGUGUUUAUACAUUCACCUUUUUAAACUCAGUAGAAGACAGCAAAAAAUUGAGAGUAAUGUGAUUUAUCUUUUAAAGACAUUAUCAUACAUGUUCAAUUCAAAGACCCCGAGAUUUGUUGAUUGCAUUUUGAGCCUUUGGCAUUGUUAUGAGUAGAAAGAAACUAGUGUAUAUAUCAUAUCAUGCACUGAAACUUAAGGUAAUUCGCUGUUUACUGUGUUUGCUUGGUUUUCCUUACUCCUCUGCAGAUUUCUUUAUAAUGAUUAUCAUGAAAUAUAACCUUACCCUGGAUUUUGAAGUCUUUCUGAGGCGGCUGAGAAAUAACUCUGCAUCCUAAAUCAGUUCACUUUGUGAUUCUAGGUCAAUAUUGGAUGACCAAACUUCUACACCAUACUCCACCACAUCCCCCUACAUUCUCCUCCCCUCCAUGCUUCCAUCCUGUCAGAUUUAUAUCGUUCCCCAGGCGGCCAUCUUCAAGAUUGAGGGUCUGGAGGGUCCCGAGGCCGAGGCGGCUCUCCUCAACAACAUGCGUGUGUACGGCACCAUCGUCCUGAGCUUUAUGGCCCUGGUGGUUUUCGUCGGGGUCAAGUAUGUGAACAAGCUGGCGCUGGUUUUCCUCGCCUGUGUCAUCCUCUCCAUCCUGGCUGUUUAUGCCGGAGUCAUCAAGACCGCCCUUGACCCGCCAGUGUUUCCGUGAGUGACUCAACCUUGGAUAAAAGUCUCUGAUGAUGAUGAUGAUGAAAUCGGUUUAUGACGAUUGACUUUCUCUGCAGCGUCUGCCUCUUGGGAAACCGAACUCUUCUUUCCAAAGGAUAUGACAUCUGUGCAAAGGUCAUUGAAAUAGACAACGACACCGUCACCACCAAACUAUGGAGGAGCUUCUGUGAUUCAGACAGCCUCAACGCCACAUGUGAUGAUUACUUCAACAACAACAACGUCACAGAGAUUCAAGGCAUCCCAGGAGUUACGAGCGGCAUCCUGGCAGGUAACAGACACCUUAUCGACAUGAGCUGAAAUACUCUCUGAAGAUCAGUCCACCUCACGCACCCGUUUAAACCCUCGUUUCUUUUUCAGAGAACCUGUUUGGAAACUACCUGGAGAAAGGGAUGUUUUUGGAGAAGCGUGGACUUGCAUCUGAUGCAGAUCCAGAUAGUCCCACAUCAGGCUCCAACCGCUACGUUUUGGCUGACAUCACCAGUUUCUUCACACUGCUGGUCGGGAUUUACUUCCCAUCAGUCACAGGUUGGCGUAUAAAAGGAAAUGUAUAAAGAGGUCCUCAACCUGUUGCACAAAGUGAUCAUUACUGUAAUAUUUACACCAUUUUACAUAAACUUGAUGUUGGUGUGAACGAGAUGAGGAAAAACAUGAACCCUCCUUGCUGGUGUAAAAGCAUAUAGCUCCUAAUUAUCUCAUUUUGCGCUCUCAGGUAUCAUGGCCGGCUCCAACCGCUCUGGAGACCUGCGUGAUGCUCAGAAGUCCAUUCCCAUCGGCACGAUUGCUGCUAUUACAACCACGUCUACUGUGUGUAUCCUUCACGGUGACAAAAGCUCUUCUUUAGGUCUUUUACACUAACUUUGCAUGUCGUGAUGUUUGAAUUCGACGUUACGAACUGAUUAUUUCUUAACAGCUUUUUCUCAGACAUGUCCUGUGUGGUGCUUUUUGGUGCAUGUAUCGAGGGAGUCGUCCUACGAGACAAGUAAGUCUAAUUAGAAGGAUUUAUGUGGAUGUGGAAUAGUUCAUUUCUUUUGCAUUCAGGUAUAAUUCAUUAUAAACCAUACCUUUAUAAGGCAGUAUGCUCAUUCCUGAUAACACAAGGGUUAAUUUCAGUCUCCAACCCCAAUUUUAAAAAGGUUGUAACAUUGUGUGAAGUGGUAUGCAGAUCAUUUAAACUCUAUUUUCAAUAAGAAAUAGUUUAAAGGUCACACAUUGAAUGCUGCAAUUGGGAAACAAAAAGUUGUUUCCUUAAAAAUUAUGGUUUUUUUUUUAGAUUUGAUAUGAAGAACCAGUUUCAAAAACUUGGGAAGGGGACAUCUGAAUGCUGAAAAAGCAGAGGAACGUCCGCCAAUUAGUGAGGUCUAUUACUGACAGGUUAUUAAAAUGACUUUCUUCUUGGGCAUCAGCUUAAGUAUUGGUUUUUAUCAAUGAUAUCAAACUGUACUGGCAGAAAUGGUAGAAAUAUAGGUUUAAGAGUUUAAGAGGUUGAUGUCAACAUCCUGACCCAGGGGGGCAAACACUAAACAUGGGAAAAACUCUUAAAAGGUCUCCUUAACGUCAUGUCGAGAAAAUAUCAAACCAACAACCUUGUGUGCAGAGAGCCCUGGGAACAAAGGUACACUCUCGUUUUGAGCUGGACAUAAAACUGCAAACAAAACCACGUCCAGAUGUUAAUGUAUAUAAAAAUGCAUUUGAUUUUAAAAAUAUGAGGUUCUGCAUCAUUUCCUGGCUGUAACUCAGUGUACUUGCAAGUGUGCAUCAAUAUAAAUUCUCUUCAAUCUUUUUAACAGGUUUCUUGUAAAGUCAAAGGUUUAAAGGGUCAACUCGAGUGAAAGGAUUCUUAAGCUAUAGCUGCUUAAGUGACAACAGGUGACAGACAUUUAACCGAUAUAAAAGAUACGGUCUCAACAUCUGGAAACGAGGGCCCUGCCUCUAUGCAUAUGUCUCAUAUUUAAGCCUUUUUAAAGAUACCAUAAAGACUUUUAAAGCUGUGAUUUUACCAGCCCAUUUUCCAAAAGUUCAAUCCGGGUUAAAACAGGAUUCAGGAACAAUAAAUUAUGUGACUUAUCCAAAGGUUACAUUUAAGUUUUAUGGCUGUCUAAAAUCAUUAGACACUCAAUUUGUGUGAUAACAGCUGGUGAACAGUGAAUAUUGGAGUAAUUUGUCCACAGGUUUGGUGAAGGUGUGAAUGGUAACCUGGUGAUUGGGACUCUGGCAUGGCCGUCUCCGUGGGUGAUUGUGUUCGGCUCCUUCUUCUCCACCUGUGGAGCGGGUCUCCAGAGUCUGACAGGGGCUCCACGUCUCCUGCAAGCCAUCUCCAGAGACGGCAUCAUCCCGUUUCUCAGAGUGAGUACAAGUGAAGAAUUUAAAGCAUCCUGGCAUUUGGCAUUGAAAUCCGACACUGCAUGUUCUUUUUAUGUUGCUGCAGGUGUUUGGACAUGGCAAAGCUAACGGGGAACCCACCUGGGCCCUCCUGCUAACUGCUUGUAUUUGUGAGAUUGGCAUCAUUAUUGCCUCCCUGGAUGCAGUCGCACCUAUCCUCUCCAUGUAAGCACUGUCACCUCACCUACACUCUUGAGGAGACUACCAUGGUUAGGAUCCUCUGUUAUGUCUAUCUUUUCUUCUUUGUAAACUUAUCGUCUUUGUCUAUCUCUUCAGGUUCUUCUUGAUGUGCUACAUGUUUGUCAAUCUCGCCUGUGCACUGCAGACUCUGCUGAGGACGCCAAACUGGAGGCCACGCUUUAAGUUCUACCACUGGUAAGUUUCUGUCUCAGCGUGAAGAACCUAACAUUCAUUUUCCACACUUCUAAUGAUUGUGACAAGCCUUGAAUUCAGUUUGCUGUGUGCACCUGUGAAUCUGUCCUGUGUUUCUUUCCCAGUAUAACUUUAGCAGCUGCAGAAUGAGUUUAAACUUUGCCUACUCGGUUUUGUGAAUCUGUGUCAUCCCUUCCUCUGCAGGGCUCUGUCUUUCUUGGGUAUGAGUCUGUGUCUAUCCCUCAUGUUUAUCUGCUCCUGGUAUUAUGCCAUAGUUGCGAUGGGUAUCGCCUCCUGCAUCUACAAAUACAUUGAGUUUUGUGGGUAGGUAACCAUCAGUAGAGCAUCUAAUACUAUGCUGGUGGUUAUUGCUUUAGGUAAAUGAUAUAACUUGAAUAUUCUGUGUUACAGAGCGGAGAAGGAGUGGGGUGAUGGGAUACGUGGCAUCUCCCUAAGUGCUGCUCGCUUUGCUCUCAUGAGGCUGGAGGAAGGACCGCCACACACCAAGAACUGGAGGUCAGGCCUCACACGCAGAGCUUUCAAAAGAUAAAAGUGAAGCUUUUAACCUCUUUCAUCUCAGCUAAAAUCUGUUGUUUUUAUUUUUUUACCAUCAGGCCACAGAUCAUGGUUCUCGUGAGCAUGGAUGCUGAACAAAAUGUAGAGCAGCCUCGUCUCCUCUCGCUGACCAAUCAGCUGAAAGCAGGGAAAGGUCUGACCAUCGUCGGGACCUCAGUUCAAGGAACCUUUCUGGACAACUACACUGAGGCUCAGAGGGCAGAUCAGGUCCAUCCUCUAAUCUCUAAAGCGUACACUAAUAAUGGAAAACACAGCAGAUUAAUGUUACACAACUCUAUUUCUGCAGACACAGGCAUGAAAACAGAGCACUGCGCUGACUGUAAAAGCUGCAUCUCUGUUUAUUUUUCAGUCUUUGCGCAAACUGAUGGAGACAGAGAAGGUGAAAGGCUUUUCUCAGGUUGUCAUCUCCUCUAACCUGAGAGACGGGACGUCCCACCUGGUCCAGGUUGGAGGACUGGGGGGUCUGAAGCACAACACUGUGAUGGUCGGCUGGCCUAAAAACUGGAAACAGCCGGAAUACCACCAGCAAUGCAGGAACUUCAUUGGUAUGUCAGUAAAAUGAUACAGAUACCUUUCCAAAAAAUGUGAAUAUCAUUGAAAAGUUUAUUUAUUUCCAUAAUUCCAUUCAGAAAGUUAAGCUUUCAAAGAUAAUAGAUUCAGGGCCCACAAUUUAAACAUUUUUAAGUAUGUAUUUGUUUAUUUUCACAUAAUUUGGGCUUCCAGCUCAUAAAACCCACGAUACCAGGAAUUCAAAAUAUCAUAUUACUUUAAAAAAAAAAAACAGCCCAAAUGUUGCAGCGCAUGAAUGUUUUAAACUGAAUGUCACGCACUAAUCAUCUACUAAACUCAAAACACCUGCACAGGUUUCCUCAGGUGUUAUUUAAUUACUUUAGUUAGGUUCAAUAUGGGGAAGACUGCAGACUUGACAACUGGCCCGAAGUCUAUCAUUGAUACCCUGCAUUAAUACAGCUGGGGAAACUGAGUGUCACACACUAAUCAUCUACUAAACUCAAAACACCUGCACAGGAGACAGUGAAAUCAAACUGAAGCAAAUUAAUGACACCUGGGGAAACCUGUGCAGGUGUUUUGAGUUUAGUAGAUGAUUAGUGUGUGACACUCAGUUUAAAACAUUCAUGCCCUGCAACAUUUGGGCUGGUUUCUUCACAGUAUUAUAAUAUUUUGAAUUCCUGUUUUUGUGGUUUUUAUGAGCUGGAAGCCCAAAUUAUAUAAAAAUAAACAAAGAAAUUCUUGAAAUUGUUUAAAUCUAUAAUGUACGAAAGUUUAACUUUUUAAAUGAAAUUAUGGAUAUAAAUUGACUUUUCCAUAAUAUUCUAAUUCUACUCAGUAAAUGUAGUAGAUGCUUAUGUUGAUGACUGAUAUAUAGUUUUUUUUUUUUUCAUACCGCUCCUUAAAACCAUCAGAAAGUGAUCCUGAUUGUAAUAAUUGAAGGAAAUAUUGAUCAGUUACAGACAGUAAAGGGUUGAAGUGCUUUUCUAUGAACACCCCAAGAGAUAAACCACCAUAAAGGUUUUAAGCACCUUGUCAAAUUCACUGAUAUUUGAUGAAUCUUUAAUUUAAUCUGUAGAAAACAGAUCAGACCAGCAGAAAUUGUCUCUGCUAUUGUCUGCAAUUACAUUUAAUUUAAACCUAUUUUUUAUAAUAGAAGCUUUGGUUACAUUUCAUGCAUUCAUUGUCAUUCUGUUUACAAUUUAAUGUCAUAGAGAAGUGUAUGCUUGUACUUUUUAGUAGUGGUUUUAAAUAUUUGUUUUUUUACUUUAAGUAUUUUUAAUGGUAAGUAUUUUAAAGCCUGAAUGUCAACAACAACAAAAAAAAAACUCAGAGAUUACCAAGUAAAUUAGUGGCAUCGUAUCUCAUUAUACUUCAAUUAAAGCACCUUCACCUGACUGCAUCAAAUAUAAAUCUUGUUUCAAGAUUUUUCAAGACAUUUUUUACACAUAUCUCAUUAAAUUUAGGUUUUAGGUGUACUGAUUUUUUUUUACAACCAAUUAACAGUCCUCCAUCUCAUUUUUCCCUCUCUCUCUGUAGAGGUCGUCAGAGAGACAACAGUAGCUAGUAUGGCCUUGUUGGUCCCCAAGAACAUCCACAGCUACCCCUCUAAUGGAGAGCGCUUCACUGAAGGCCACAUAGACGUGUGGUGGAUCGUCCAUGACGGAGGCAUGCUGAUGCUCCUGCCUUUCCUGCUGCGCCAGCACAAGGUCAGAAAUGAGACACGAAAACUUUUGAAAAGAUUUAACACACUUUACAAAGGACUCCAUGCUGAGGAGGAGCUUUGAGAACGUGUUGUUUAUGACCUGUGAAUGUUCCUGUUUGGUCCCUCAGGUGUGGAGGAAGUGCAAGAUGCGCAUCUUCACUGUUGCUCAGCUGGAUGACAACAGCAUCCAGAUGAAGAAAGACGUCAUUACCUUCCUCUAUCACCUACGUAUAGACGCUGAGGUGGAAGUGGUGGAGAUGGUGAGAGAUUUGUCUGACACACAAUCUGAGUUCACACACAAAUCUCGCUGGAGAAGAUUCUGUUCUGCAAACAUUGUCAAAUUAACACAAUAAUACAUAAAACUUAUUAAUCUCUUAUACAUGAAACUUUCUGUUUUUGUAUUUGAAAGCAUGACAGCGACAUUUCAGCCUACACCUAUGAGAAGACACUGAUAAUGGAACAGCGCUCACAGAUUCUCAAACAGAUGCAUCUGACCAAGAAUGAGAUGGAGCGAGAGGUAAACAAGAAAAAAUAUAGUAUCGUGUAAUUGCAGAUACAAGUUCCUACUUUAAAGUGCUUGUUUUUGCUAAAGUGAGAAAUUAAAUGUGAACUCUAGUGGGAAAUUACAACCUGACCCUAAUCCUUUACUGUACUUUGGUCUUACUACAGAUCCAGAGUAUUACAGAUUCAUCCCGUGGGUCAAUUCGGCGUAAAAACCAGCCUGGCCUGCAUUCCCAGCACAGUACUGAGGAGGGAGCCAGUGUGGUGGAGAAACCAGAGGAUGAGGUAAUGCUGCAAUGUCUUUUUUUAAAGAGAAAUGAUCCGUUUCUUGACUUCACACCUCUCUUCAUCGCUUCACACCUCUUGUCUCUCUGUGCUCUGGUCGGGGCAAAAAUAUAUCUCACCACAAGAGCAGCGACCACAGCAUGGCCGCUCUGUGAUUUCCCUCUGGCCUCUGGCUCUCAGAGUUUCACCUUUUACUGACAGCUGUCUCUUUUUUCUCUUUCACCCUGUCACACUGUCAUGUCACGGUGUCCCUGUCUCAGUCUGUGGCUGUCUCCAACCCAAAACAGGUACAGCUGAUCCACAGUAAGAACGCCUCCACGCCCACUAGCCCCACCAGCCCCACGCCUCCUGCUGUGGACAACAAGAGCGCAGACAAGGGGCAGACAGCCAACGCAGACACGGGCAAAGACCUCUUCAACAUGAAGCCGUGAGUGACUAACUUUUGACUCACACAGAUGUGGGUCAGUAUUUGUUUAUACCGACCUUGUACUUUCUGUGUCUGCGCAUGUGACAAACACAACUUUUGAACUAGAGUUGCACAACAAACAAAUUUAGACUUUUGCAUAACAAAGAUCCUGUUUGUAAAACUUAUUCCUCUGAUGGACUAAUGUGAUUAAAUUUAGUCCACCAGAGCCUUUUUUAAACAAUCACAUCCACAUGCUGAAAAGUGUUGACUUAUCAGAAUCAAAAAUUGAACACAGGAGUGUAUUAAAAUGUAGCUGACAAGGUUUUCUGUGUAUAAUUCAAUGUUAUUUCCAUCUCAACAUGCGGCUGCAGGGAGUGGGAGGGCUUGUGAGUAUUUACAUUUUGUAGUAAAACAUCCUGUGAGUGCUGAGCCGCAUAUACACUAAUAUGUAAUCUAUGGCGCCAAAUGUUUCUUUCAUCAGGAACCAGACAGACUUGAGGCGCAUGCACACAGCGAUGCGGCUCAAUGAGGUGAUCAUCAAGAAGUCCAAAGAGGCAAAGCUCGUCUUGCUCAACAUGCCGGGACCACCCAAGAACCGCGUGGGCGAUGAAAACUGUAUCCUACAUCGUAUAUACUGCGCACCCUCCAUUAAUCGUAGUGCACACAGGGGGGUUCACUUCAGUUCGCAUCCUUAUGUGCUCCGAACACGGAGAUUGUUUUGCAUUCAGGCAGCAUGGAAAUACAAACUCAGCGACAACACAAAAAAUCUUGGGUGUUCUGAGUCUUAUGGCAGAUCUUUAUAGGUGGAUCACCCUCAGGUUCAAUUAACACUUUAUUUACAAAUCCAGCUUGAACACAUUCCUUCACUGUGAUCUUCUCUCAGACAUGGAGUUCCUCGAGGUGCUCACCGAGGGCCUCAAUCGGGUCCUGCUGGUUCGUGGAGGAGGUCGUGAAGUCAUCACCAUUUACUCUUGAAGGGCUCUUAAUGGACUUUACCCUCUCCUACCUCGGUGUCCAUCCACUGAGAUCCCCUUUUUGCCAUCAUCUAAUGAAGAAUUACGCAAAAAACACCUUAACAUGAUCAGCUGAUGAAAACAGAUUUUUGUCCCUCCAGAGAAAAUAUAAGAACCACCUUUCCUCAUGAGUACAAUCUACUUUAGUCCUUUUUACUCUGCUCUUUAUUAUUUUUUCUUCAGUUUAUUCAUGAUUAAUUUAUUUAUUUAUUUAUUAAUGUUAUUUAUGUGUUUAUUCAUCCUAUAAUUUCUGUCUCUUCCUGGUUUAUUUUCAUUUGUCUUUUAUUGUAUGGUUGAUUUUAAUCCGCGGUGGAUGCAGAUUUGCGUUCAUCCAGCAGGGUAACUUGUUCUUACCAAUAUCAGACGCACGUAUUUGGUAUUUGUGAAGCAGAAGUGGGAGGUUUCUAUGUACACAAUGUGUAUUUACAUUUAUCAGAACAGAUAGAGACCAACUGGAGCAAAUAGAUUUACCUUCUUUAUCCCAGUUUCCUCUCAUCUUACGCUCUAAGUCUAUUUACCGUCAGUGUAAAUGCAGAUAUGAGGGAUUUUCAGUUUAAGCCUCGGCUAUAAACAAUGUCAUAAUCCCAGUCUCGUCCUUUCUUAUAGCAGGGGUUUAUCUGUUUGUGUGUUUGUGAAUUGUGCUUAACAGAAAUAAUCUUAAUGAAAAGACAACGACUUGUUGCUGAUUAUAAUAGUCUCAAAUCGGCCUGUUUACUUCAUUAUCCCUGCAGAUGGAUGUGGAUCCUAUAGAUCACAUGAUCUUACAGCAGUACAGCAGGUUUGAGCUCAGACACUUUUACUGCAGCAUGAUCUAUCAUUUUAUUUUAUAUUUAAUCCCUUUAGUUAUGGAGCCAUGUAGCUACAACACUCACUUGAAUCCCUGGUUUCACAUAAAUGAUUAAAUUCAGGGAUAAAAUCGAGAAAUGCUUUGGAAAAAAAUCCACUUAUAGACGAUUUUAAUACAUUUUUUUCAAGUGAGACAUGACAUAUUCACAAAAAAUUAAUACCCAUUUAAAAGAUAAAUAAGUAACUUCAACAAAAUCUAAUUUUAUUUAUUUUAAAUAAAACUUUGAGUGCUAGAAAAUGUGCAAGCUUCUAUAUGAGGAGAUGAUAUUUUACAUAUAAGUCAGUAGAUGUUGUUUAUCCUUAAAUUUAGAUAGUAUUUUAGAAGUUUUAUCUCAAAGAGAAUUUAUUUUUAUAGCUGUGGUUCAAGAAAAGAGAUUUGAUUUAUAUGAACAAUGAAAUAUUUAAGAUUUUAUUCAGGGUAAUAAAUUAGUAUUUUGAGAUUAUGAAAAUUACACUUAUAUCGCUCUUAGCUGUUUGCAUUGCUUUGCAGAAGAGUUAAAAACAGCUUUAACAAAACCUGCCUGCCCAGCACGUCAUAGCUUUAUUUAUUGAUAGUUAAUGUAAAGAUACAGUUUCUUACAAACAGACAUUGCUGCUGCUUUAUUUUUAUUGACAUGACAGUGGUCUCAACCAAACUCUGAGGAGGAAUCCAGCCAAAUAUUUACCAAAUUGUCAAACUACUUAACAUAGUUUAUCUGCCGUUUAAUUAGCUUGAUGUGGGAUGAUCCUGCAGUGUACCUCUCAGGCAGUCUGGGGGUUUUCCAGUGUGCACCACAAUGAUGUUUAGUUUCUAAAGAUUUCUAUUUUAGACAAUCUUUACUUGUGCUUUUUUUCAUAGACGCCUAUCAGUUAACUGUCCACAAAGAUUUCUGAUUUCUGAAUGAGAGACAAGUGAGUGUACUUUGUUUUAGCCCACAGAUCUCAGAUAGUUUAUCACAUACAGUUAGUAUUCAUUAACAAUGCUUUAAACUGUUAGUUUAUUGUACACAGAGAGCAGUUUGUCCCUUUUACCUUUAAAUCAUAUAAACAAGAAUUGAUCCAUCAGGUUUUUUAGGGAAAAAAAAAAAGUCUGACAUUUAGUAUACUUUUAAAAUCUCAGAUCUUACACUAUUCUUCAUUAGAUUUAUUGUAUAAAUGUCUUGUUGUUAAUACUGUAGCAUCAUGAUACACAUGUCUCUCUUUUGAAUAUCUAUGUCUUUUCUUUUGAACUCUAAAAAGUCAUAAUAAGAAGGCUGUGAAGUUUUCCAUUUGAUAUAUCAGUCACUUUUCUGCAGGAGCUUUUAGGAUUUUAAGUCCUCCUCACUCUGAGUGCACGUGUGCGACUGUGCGUGUGUUUGUAUAAUGUAUGUUUGCUUGUGAACCUGCUUGAGUGUGACCAGUACAUGUAACCAAACAAACAGAAGGAGUGAAAAUGGGACAUUUGUACAUAAAUCUGUUGUUUUAGGUUUAGAGACAGCUAGUGUGACGUGUGUGAGUACAGGUUUUAUAGAUAUCAUAAUAGACUGUUAGUUUUGUCUUUUAAAAUGAUAUACUUUGUUAAAUGUUCUACAUCUUAUGCAACUGUCGAGUAAUGGUUAAAAAAGCAGGUUUAUAUGUUCACACAUGAUGCAAAAAAUAAAAUCAUUUUAAUACAA